AUGACCAACAAUCGUCUCACCGGGCCUGAAGUCGCCAGGCACAACUCUGCAGAUUCGUGCUGGGUUAUCGUCCACGGCAAGGCCUACGACGUCACAGAUUUCCUCCCCGAACACCCCGGUGGCCAGAAGAUCAUCCUCAAAUAUGCCGGAAAAGACGCAACCGAAGAGUUCGAACCCAUCCACCCUCCAGACACCCUCGACAAGUACCUCCAUCCCUCAAAGCAUCUCGGGCCCGUCGAUAUGAAUACCGUCAUGCAGGAAGACAAGGGCGUCGACCCGGAAGAGGAGGCACGUCAAGAACGAAUAAGGCGGAUGCCCUUGCUCGAGCAAUGCUAUAACCUGAUGGAUUUUGAAGCCGUCGCAUGCAGGGUCAUGAAGAGAACCGCCUGGGGCUACUACUCGAGUGGUGCCGAUGACGAAAUCACCAUGCGCGAGAAUCAUUCUGCUUUUCACAAGAUCUGGUUCCGUCCUCGAAUACUAGUCGACGUUGAGAAUGUUGACAUCUCCUCGACCAUGCUGGGCGCCCCUGUUUCCGUCCCGUUCUAUGUUACCGCCACUGCCCUCGGCAAACUUGGCCAUCCCGAAGGUGAAAUCUGCCUCACCAAAGCUGCCGCAACCCACGACGUCAUCCAGAUGAUCCCAACCCUGGCAUCCUGCUCCUUCGACGAGAUUGUCGAUGCCGCGAUGGACAAGCAGACCCAAUGGCUGCAGUUAUACGUAAACAAGGAUCGUGAAGUGACACGGAAGAUUGUGCAGCACGCUGAGAAGCGAGGUUGCAAGGGCCUGUUUAUCACCGUCGAUGCCCCGCAGCUGGGUCGACGGGAGAAAGAUAUGCGGUCCAAGUUCUCCGACCCUGGAACAGAUGUCCAACGGACCGACAGCAAUGUAGACCGGUCCCAGGGUGCUGCGAGGGCCAUCUCCUCUUUCAUCGACCCUUCCCUUUCCUGGAAGGAUAUCCCGUGGUUUCAAUCCAUUACCAAGAUGCCUAUUGCGUUGAAAGGAGUGCAGCGCGUUGAUGACGCCCUCCGUGCCGUCGAACUUGGUGUCCCUGCCAUCGUUUUGUCAAAUCACGGCGGUCGACAGCUCGAAUUUGCGCCGUCUGCGGUUGAGCUCCUGGCCGAGGUUAUGCCGGCCCUACGAGCCCGCGGAUGGGAGAAUCGCAUAGAGGUCUACAUAGACGGUGGUAUCCGACGGGCCACAGAUAUCAUCAAAGCCCUGUGUCUCGGCGCAAAGGGAGUUGGGAUCGGUCGGCCAUUCCUCUAUGCCAUGAGCACAUACGGAGUGCCCGGCGUUGAGCGCGCGAUGCAGCUGCUCAAGGACGAGAUGGUGAUGAACAUGAGAUUGCUGGGUUGCACGAGCGUCGACCAACUGACUCCCGACCUACUCGAUAUUCGAGGUUUGGGACAUCAUUCCGUGCCAAACCCCGUGGAUAGGCUUGCGGAGUCGGUCUAUGACCCGCUGGUUACGCCGUCAGAUAGGCCUCCUGCGUCAGUUGGUGGUGGGUCGAAGUUGUAG